AUGGCUCAAUUCUCACUCUCUUCAUCUGCAAAGCACUCUUCUUCUCCUUCUUCUUCGUUGACCAACAUAAACAAUUUAUCAGAUGAUGUCUUGGCAGAAAUAUUUGUUCAAAUGCCAUUCAGAUCCAUUCUGAAGUGUAAGUGUGUGUGCAAACGAUGGUUGAGGAUGAUCUCAAGUGCUUCUUUCCCAACAGAAUUUGUGUCCCGCCAACACUCUCUCUUCAGCACUUACUUGACCUUCCUCUCGUCCCACCAACUCAUUCUCGGUUUCUUUCCAAGAGAUUCGGACUUGAAUGUUCAAACCCACAUGGUACCUCUAUCUCCAGACACGCUCAUACGGGGGGACGUUUGUGGCUAUUCGAACGGCUUGUUUUUGUGCUGCAGUAACAGAUACACGACUGGUCGUGGCUACUUCGUGUACGAUCCACUCACCAAGCAAUGCACCCAUAUACCAUCUUUUCCUGAUGCAGAUGAGGGUCAAGGGUUAUACGCUGUUGGCUUCCUUUCUCAUACUCAUCAUCCCAAACAAGGAGAGGAUGGAGGGCGUUCUAGUCGCUGCUUCUGGGUGGUCAUUAUAAGAACCUUUAUAAGAAGAAAGUAUGAGUUUGAAGUGGAUGCUUUCUCCUCCGAGAGAGGAAAAUGGAGACAAGCAUAUGCGAGUUGCGCGGAGGGCUUUGCUUUUGCUCCUCACUGGAUGCUCAGUUUUGCUUUUGGAGGGUACCUGUAUUUCAUGGGGAGUAUUAAUAUUUUUGUGUUUGAUCCUAAGUUUUUGUUUUCUAGCACAAUUGAUUACCCUCAAGAUGCUGAUGCUAUGAAUAUAAUGAGCUUUGGAUUCCUUGGAUGCUCUGGUGGGACUCUGAGGAUCGCUGAUAUUGGCAAAAAUGAGUUGAGAGUGUGGGAACUAACGAACCCUCAGAGAUGGCAUUUGGUGCACAAGACCAAUUUCUCAGAACACCUUCCAACCUCAUUUUGCAGUAAUUAUUAUAAACGUGUAGCGGGUUUCCAUCCCUAUGAUGGAGAUACUGUGUAUUUGUAUUCCUAUGUUGAUGGGAUUUUUGUUGCCAACCUACGUACCAAAAAAUUUGAGCCAAUAUCUGGUUAUGACAAAUCAGAUAUUAGUCCCUUUCAAGUGGAACUCUCUCCAAUUCCAUAUGCAUGA